UGUGUGUGCUAAUUCAGGCAGACUGGAUCAGCACACUUUUGUGAUCCUCUAAGUGCUCUGCUCCCGGGGAAGGCUGCAGCUGCUGGCUGGCUGGCUCCGCGGCGCUUCAUUUCGAAAGGGACUCCUCGAGAUGCCCGACAGGAUAUCAAAGCCGUCUGCUGCUCCAGCCAGUCAGAGUCUGCGUUAGGUGCCGCCGGAAAGUUGACGAUGGCGGUGGCCCCAUUCAUUAGCGAGGGGAAGUGCGUUAGUGUAGAGUGGGACUUCUUGCAGGGCCUGCUGAUAAAAAACCCACCUGUCCCCUGUCUGCAGUCCCUGAGGAAGGAGAAAUCCCGAAAUGCAGCCCGCUCACGCCGAGGGAAAGAGAACUUUGAGUUCUUUGAGUUGGCCAAGAUGCUGCCCUUACCGGGGGCCAUCACUAGUCAGCUGGAUAAGGCUUCUGUCAUUCGUCUGACCAUCAGCUACCUGAGAAUGAGGGAAUUUUCUAGUCAAGGCGACCCACCUUGGAGUCCACAAAUGGAGGGGAGGCAAAACAAAGCCGGACAGAGGAACCAGAUGGCCCUGGUCAGUGACCUCUUUGAGCAGCAGCUGGGUGGACAUCUUUUGCAGUCUCUGGACGGCUUCGUCUUUGUGGUCAGCCAUGAAGGAAGAUUCCUCUACAUCUCUGAAACGGUGUCCAUCUACCUGGGGCUCUCGCAGGUGGAGCUCACCGGGAGCAGCAUCUUUGACUAUGUCCAUCCAGCUGACCACCUGGAAACGGCCGAACAGCUGGGGUUAAAGCCACAUCGCCGAGCAGCAGAUCAGGACAGCGGUCCCAACGGCACAUCGGCGGAGGCUCCAGAGCUAGCAGAUGCCUCCAGUCCCAUAUCUCUGGAAGAAGAGUGUCCUAAUCGCAACUUCUUUAUCCGCAUGAAGUCCACACUCACCAAACGAGGACUACAUGUGAAGUCUUCUGGGUACAAGGUGAUCCACGUGACUGGCUGCAUGCGCAGCCGGGCCGCUGUGGCCCAAAACUCGACUCCUUUAGUGCAACGAGUGCUGGGACUGGUGGCCUUGGCUCACACCCUUCCUCCUUCCACGCUGAGUGAGGUGCGGAUCGACAGCCAAAUGUUUGUCUUCCGUGUCAACAUGGACCUGCAGGUGGUCUACUGUGAGAACAGAAUCUCGGAUUACAUGGACCUCAGCCCAGCUGAAGUAGUUGGACAAAGCUGCUACCAUUUCGUUCAUGUGGAGGACGUGGACUCCAUUCGACAGAGCCACGAGGACUUGCUGAGGAAAGGCCAAGUGGUCACAGGAUACUACCGAUGGCUUCAGCGUCAUGGCGGAUUUCUGUGGCUCCAGUCCUGUGCCACCAUCUCCAUUAACCACAAGAUGCCACAUGACAGGAAUGUCAUCUGGGUCAACUACGUCCUCAGUCGGCCAGAGUUACCAGAUAUGCUGCUUGAUCUCCAACAGUUUCCUGAAGGAACUCGUCCCAACAGGAAAACUCUGCUGUCAACAGACUGUCCACCAGAAAAGAAAGGUGGAGAACGCAGCGAAACUCAGCUGGUAGAUGGCAGUAGCAACCUGACCUCAAAGUCAGUGGGCUCCCCAAAGAGUCAAUCGCAGGAAAGGAAGAAAAGGAGUCAGCAGCCGUCCUCAGCUGAGGGAGUCGGAGGAAGCGGUGACCGCCCCGUGUCCCCAGAAAGUGACAGCAGUUCUGAAUCCAUGGCCAAGCGCAUCAAAGUGGAAAAUACACUGGAGUCAGAGAGCAGUGAUGGCGGGGAAGAGGAUGAGCACAAAAGGACUCGCAACGGCCGCGUCAUGGUCCAGCAGCACAAGUGUCCCCCACGUAUGCAGGCCGGGCCUCGGAUCAAAACUGAGCAAGUAGGGGCCGAAGGAGACACAUGGGCAGGCUCCGGAGAGCUCAGCCUCAACUGUCCCCGGAUCUGCAUCCCUGACUCAGUGUUAACCCCACCGGGUGGUGAAGCCCCUCCCAAAACUCAGUUCACGCCCUCAGUGGAGGCUCUGUCCCCGCCCCUUUCGGGCUCACCACUCCCCCGUGAUGAAAGACUCUUCCAUGGAUCGGCAGGUGACCUCGAGCUCCUUCAGCGGCUUGACGUGGGUGAGCUUGGAGGAGUCGGAGUCGGCCGUGUGGUGCUCCCUCUACCCCGGCCCCUGGACAGUACGGCACCUCCCAGCCUGUAUGCCCCCAGCACAAUUAGGUAUGCCCCGGCCGAGUUCUCAGCAGGUCACAGUCACUCGCUAAAUUGUGACUUGCCCACCAACCCCAAAUCACCGUCCUUGUUCGCUCACCUCCAGAGGCUCGGCGGUUUGCCUUCGUUCAGCGGCUUCUCACUCUCUCCAGCAUCCUUACCUCUGAUGCCGCUCAAUGGGCUCCACGGCACUUCCAUGGACACAGACAAGGAGGAGGACUGAGGCUCGUGUACCCACCCCAGGUCAUCUCAGGGCUGCUCAUUGGGUGACUGCUACUUCAGGCACUACUGAGGCCACCAAUUCACAUGGAACCACCAAGAGCAGGCAAACCUCAAGCCCACUGAACCAGAGUCCCUCUUAUCUUUUAUGGGGGUGGGAGCAGCGUGCUGUUCAACAGAACUAAAAUGAGUCAGAUGGACACUCCUCAGGUCUGUGACCAUCACUUUCUGCAGUUCCUCAGCAAGCACUUACAUAAAGACUGGCACCAGUGACGAGGACGAGGAUGAAGGUGUGGGAGACGUGCAUCCUGGCAUAAGAAACAAAACCCUGUAGCACUUGUUAGCUGGACACGGCUCUCUCACAUCCAUACCCGAGGACUCUGCCGUCCGGGUGUCCAGCACGGGGUGGCACGUUCAGUUUUCAGAUGUCACACACGUGUAACAAAGCAUGAGCAUGUAUUACGUGUAAAACCUUUAAGGCCAAUAAAAGCACACGACUAA